UAUCCGUUUGUUUUAUAUCGCUGUCACCCAGCAUGUCGACUAUUGGUCCGGUCUAAAAGCUUUGAAAGUCCAAACCAUAAUUCCUUAGUAUCACUGAUGGCAUCAAUUGAUUAUAACCCACCAUACAUACGAUCAAAAAGAAUCUCUCCAACCGCGACGACAUUUACGUUGCCUCGAGGAAAAAAUAUAAUCAAAAUCUGUAUGAAAUGCUUCGCAGUUUUAAGUCAAAAUGGAAAGGACAGCGAAGACAGCUGAGUCAUUCUGCAAAGAUGGAUGGUUUAUCAGGGGAAAAUCAAGAAGAAAAUCAGGYCAAAGAAAUACCACCAUUUCAACUUGACACAAAAGAAAACAAUGGUAGUACAAUGACGGAUAGCACAGAUGAGAUAGAUGUAGCCCCRUCAGAUGAUGAUGAAAAUGAUGAUGACAUUGACAAGAUGUUGAACGAAUUACAAGGCUUUCAAGAGGAACUUGAACAAGAAUCACAAAAUGUAGCAGAUGAAUUAGAUGCACCGUCACCUUUUAUAAGAGCCCCAUCUUUACCAUCAAAACCUUUAGAUGAAUUCAGGUUUUCCAUGACUGCUAUGGAAGAUACUGGAGAAGUAGAUCUCGAUGCUUUAUUGGAGGAUUUGUGUAUUAUGGAAAAAGAUCUGAAUUCAAAUAACUCCACAGUAGUCACUACAGAUCAGCCUUUAAUAGAGAAUUCAUUCGCACCAAAGCCCAAUUCACCUCUAUCGCCAACUGUUAAGGUCCCAGCAGAUGUCCGUAGUCGCUUGGAAAGUGUGCAAGAGGAAAAUAAAGAAUUAACCUGGGAAGAACAGCAGGAGAGAAUCAAGGCUGAGAAGAUUAGAAUCGCAUUGGAGAAACUCCGUGCAGCCAGAGUUAAAAAGUUAGUCGUAAAAGUCUACAACGAUGAAGAUCCCACUUCGAAAACGAUCGCGAUUGACCAAACGUGGACAGCGUGGGAAGUUAGCAAGAAAAUGAUGAUCAAAAAUGAUGCUGAACCAGAUCCAAACUGGACGCUUGUUGAAAGAUUACCUGAACUUUGUAUAGAGAGGUGUUUGGAAGAUCACGAGUCAGUCGUAGAUAUUGUGUCAUACUGGCCUUGGGAAAAUGAAAAYCGAAUCGUGAUCACUAACAAAAGAGACAAAUAUGCGUUAUUUCGAAACCCACAGAAUUACCUCCUAUCAAGCGGUACGUCAGCAGGCGCGGCUCAGCUGGCAGAGAAAAGUAAAGAUAUAUUAAUACAGGAACAUUUUCAACCGGACGCCAUGAGACUCCCUGAGCUGGAAGGUGUUUUGUAUCUCAAAGAAGGAAAGAAAAGCUGGAAGAAACAUUUCUUUGUACUUAGAGCGUCAGGAAUAUACUAUACACCCAAAGGAAAAACUAAGUCCUCGAAAGAUCUGAUUUGUUUAGUCAAGUUUGAGUUUGUUUCGGUGUAUACUGGUGGAGCUGCUUUCAAAAAGAAGUUCAAGGCUCCAACGGAACACUGCUUCGUAUUAAAGCAUCCCGAAUACCAUGAAAUCGACUCUAAAGCCAUCAAGUACUUUUGUGCAGAAGAUCAAAAAACCCUUCAACGWUGGACUGUGUGUAUUCGAGUAGCAAAGUAUGGCUACAAAAUGCUUGAUGACUACGCUACCACCCAAGACGAAAUGGACAGAAUYGCUUUCUCRUUAGAUAAAAACAGAUUUCCAAAAGCUUCAAGUUUUAGCGCAGGACAAAAGUCUGAACCGACUUAUGCUCAGAUCUCAGAUGCCCGUGACAAAGCAUUAAAGGCCAAGGCACAGUCAGAUAGGCUUAAACUAGCUAUUGGUAACAACCCAGGCGGAAGUCAAAGUUUCUCAGUUUCAAGGAAAGUUACCCCAGAACCAAAACAGCCCAAGAAGAAAAGCAUCGGAAACCUUUUCUCUGAUGCAUGGAAAAAAGGAGAUGAUGUGGACGACGACGAGCUGCCUAGUUCUCCAAGCAGUGCUGGGCCUGGAAUGACUCCAAAUACUACAAGCCCCAAAGCAUUCAAUAUCGACAAUGCAAUGAUUAUGGACGAGAUACUAGAGGAAGAACAUCCUCCUUCACCACGACAUGAAAUACCACCACCUCCACCCCCACAGCGACCGCAACAGCUGGAUAUUGCCCCACCGCCGCCCCCUAAUCAGCUUGAUGUUGGCCCACCACCACCUCCCCCUAAUCAACUGAAUAUUGGUCCACCAUUAGCUACCAGCAGCCAAGAGGGUGAAGACGAAAGGGAAGAANUAUAG